AUUGCCUUCUCCUCUCUCCUCCUCCUCCUCCCUCUCUGUCUCUCCGCGGCUCUCUUGUCUCCUGUAACGGCCACCAGCUUACUUUCUUGACCACAAAAUGGCAUCUCUCCUCGAACGCAUGAACAUCGAUGUUCCGGCGACCUCUGUCGGACCCGUCCGCACCAAACCGAAACGCGCAACCCCCACUCCUUACAACCGCUCGCCAAAGCUGCCCAGAGGUGACGUGAACGGAACGUGGGAGCACGACCUGUAUCAGACGGAUGGAGGGAACGGAAAGUCCCUGUCGGCGCGCCUCACGUCGCCCGGGGGUGCGCCGAAGAUGAACUUUGGGUUUGCGGAGAAGGCGCUGCAGGAGGCGACGGGGGUGAGGGGGGACCGCGGGGAGCUGUCGAUACGUGGUGCGAGUUCGCGUGGAAAUGUCGUAGAGGUGACGGGCCUCGUAAGUGGUACCACAGCCGAGGAUGUCGAGGCCAUCUUCAAGCGCUGUGGCCCCAUUACCCAGUCAUCCGCAAAGCCGACUGCCGCGGGGGGCGUGUCUGUCCGGUUAACGUUCAAGCACGAAAAGGACGCAAAGACCGCAGAGACGCAGUUCGACAAACAAGUCGCUGACGGGAAGACGCUCCACGUGAAGGUGAUCGGCGGCGUCAACGCCAGUCUUACCGGACGUCUGGGCGUGGGCGUACAAGACGGGAGCGUCGACGUGCUGCUGGGCGAGAGCACAGGAUCUUCGAAAAUGCGCUCCGAUGAUAUUUUGAGCGACGCCGACGCUCGCGCGCGUGCGCAUGUUCUCGUCGCACCUCCCGGCGCCGACCCCAAAGACUACACGCAACAGCACUGGCGCGGUCGCGGUAGAGGGAGAGGACGGCGGGGGUUCGUCAAUGGGAAUGGGCGACGGGGAAAAGGAGAAGGGCGGAUGGAUGUAGACUGAAACCGCUGUCCGAGAAUCGGCGUUUUUUCUCUGCUGUUUUUCUGUGUCGUUAUCGUCGGGUGCCCCCUCCGCUCUGUCUCUUGUCUCUUUGUGUUGUACUAGCCAUACUCUAUCCUCC